AUGAAUAAGGAAGAAAAUUUGGCCGAAACGCGUCCAUCGUCGCAAGAGCUUCACAGUCCUCAACGCCAUUGCUAUACACCACCGCCGCCGCCGAUGCAUGGACAGCCUCAGCCGCCUCCCACAUCGGUAGGCGUGGCACCACCUCCCACACAACCACCGCCUCCAAUACCCUCCGGACCCCCCGGACGUCUGCUGAGCUGGAAUCAUAGUGCCGCUGCAGCGGCAGCGGCUGCAGCAGCAGCAGCAGCGGCCAACUCUGCGAAUCAUUCGUCGUCGGCGGGGGAUAACUCCUCCUCGAUGACGCGGAUUAAGGGCCAGAAUCUGGGGCUCAUCUGUGUGGUUUGUGGGGAUACCAGUUCGGGAAAGCACUAUGGAAUCCUGGCCUGCAAUGGCUGCUCUGGAUUCUUCAAGCGUAGUGUGCGGCGGAAGCUUAUUUAUCGCUGCCAGGCGGGCACCGGACGAUGCAUCGUGGACAAGGCGCAUCGCAAUCAAUGCCAGGCCUGCAGGCUCAAGAAGUGCCUUCAAAUGGGAAUGAACAAGGAUGCCGUGCAAAAUGAGCGACAGCCCCGGAACACGGCCACUAUCCGUCCGGAGACGCUGCGGGAGAUGGAACAUGGACGGGCAUUGCGCGAGGCCGCCGUGGCCGUUGGUGUUUUUGGACCGCCCGUGCUAUUCCCGCCCUGCUAUGGCUCUGGACUCCUGCCGCCUCCCUCUUUGGGUAGCCUGCCCACAGGACGACUGCUACAUCAUAACCACCUCACCUCCUCCAUGCAGCUGGCGGCCAAUCAUAUGGGCGCCGGGAGUUUUCCCAUGUUCAAUGCCGCCGCUGCCACAGCCGCUGGGAUGCACCAUUCACCGAAGGAGAAGACUGCCUAUGGCAUGGAGCUGGUCAGCAGCGGCAAUAUCUCGCAUUCGACCAACUCGAGCAGCAAUCACUCCAUCGAUCCUAGCUCCCCGGCGCCGGGAGAGAAUGCCAAUGAGAAGAACAAUGCCGGCGGCAGUGUGUCCUCAGUGAGCUCCUCUAGUCCAACUAUGGAGAAUGAUAAUGAUGACGACUCUAUAGAUGUGACCAAUGACGAGGAGCCGCACACGGUCAGCAGAUCGGAUUCCAGCUUCAUUAUGCCGCAGUUUAUGUCACCAAAUCUGUAUUCCCAUCAGCAUGAGACAGUCUAUGAGACAAGUGCCAGGCUGCUCUUCAUGGCCGUCAAAUGGGCCAAGAAUCUGCCCAGUUUUGCGAGGCUAUCCUUUAGGGAUCAGGUGAUCCUGUUAGAGGAGUCCUGGUCCGAGUUGUUCCUGCUAAAUGCCAUCCAGUGGUGCAUUCCCCUGGAUCCCACCGGCUGUGCCCUUUUUUCGGUGGCAGAACACUGCAACAAUCUGGAGAAUAAUGCCAAUGGAGAUACUUGCAUCACAAAGGAGGAGCUGGCAGCGGAUGUUCGUACCCUUCAUGAGAUCUUUUGCAAGUACAAGGCUGUGCUGGUUGAUCCUGCCGAGUUUGCUUGCCUCAAGGCUAUAGUUUUGUUCCGGCCCGAGACUCGCGGCCUUAAGGAUCCCUCGCAGAUUGAAAAUCUACAGGAUCAAGCGCAUGUCAUGUUGUCGCAGCACACGAAGACACAGUUCACAGCCCAAAUAGCCAGAUUCGGACGACUCCUGCUGAUGUUGCCCCUCUUAAGGACCAUUAGCUCUCACAAGAUCGAGUCGGUAUUCUUUCAGAGAACCAUUGGCAAUACGCCCAUGGAGAAGGUGCUCUGUGACAUGUAUAAGAACUAG